UUUUUUAUUUACAAAAUUACCCUUCUUCUUCUCUUUCCAGUUUUAGGGUUUCUCAAGGGUUUUCCCUCUCCUUGACAAUUUCUCCCAUUUCACUCGUAUUUCUCUCAGCUAAUUCGUUCUUUUUGUCGGCUAAAUUGACGUGAAUUCGGAUCUCAAGUGCUCCGAUCGACGGAGAUUCAACUCAAGAUCUCAUAGAGAUGAACUUGGAGGCAAGAGUCGGUGUGGUUAUGGAAGGAGGACAGAGGGCUCUUAAUUCCGCGGCUACCACCGCCGCCUCGCAUGGAGGCGCUGUGGAUGCCGGAGCAAGGAAGUUAUUGCAGCAACAUCAGCAGGUGCAGCCGCAGAGCCAUCACCACAGUAAUAAACAGUCGUUGAAUCAGCAACAGUCUCAUAUCGGCACCUUUGAGCAUCUUCUCGCCGGGGGUAUUGCCGGUGCCUUUAGCAAGACCUGUACCGCGCCUCUCGCUCGCCUCACCAUUUUGUUUCAGUUGCAAGGUAUGCAAUCAGAAGCCGCAGUGUUAAGCAAACCGAGCAUAUGGCGUGAGGCUUCUCGUAUUAUCAACGAAGAAGGUUUUAGAGCCUUUUGGAAAGGAAACCUGGUUACUGUAGCUCACCGGCUUCCAUAUUCUGCAGUGAACUUCUAUGCAUAUGAAAGAUACAAGAAUUUGUUGCACUCAAUUCCAGCCUUGGGGAGUUAUAAAGGAAAUGCGAGCCUAGACCUUUUUGUGCACUUUGUAGGUGGUGGGUUGGCUGGAAUAACUGCUGCCUCAGCUACUUACCCUCUUGAUCUUGUGAGGACACGCCUUGCUGCACAGAGGAAUUCAAUGUAUUAUCGAGGUAUCGGGCAUGCAUUCAGUACCAUUUGCAGAGAAGAGGGAAUGUUGGGUCUGUAUAAAGGACUUGGUGCUACAUUGUUGGGUGUCGGACCAAGCCUUGCAAUAAGCUUCUCUGCGUAUGAGUCUCUGAAAUCAUUUUGGCUAUCUCAAAGGCCUAACGAUUCACAAGUCAUGGUCAGUCUUGGUUGUGGCAGUCUCUCCGGAAUAGCCUCUUCGACAGUGACAUUCCCGCUGGACCUCGUGAGAAGAAGAAUGCAGUUAGAAGGGGCGGGUGGACGAGCAAGAGUGUAUAACACGGGGAUCUUAGGAACACUCAGACACAUAUGCAAGACAGAAGGCCUCCGAGGUUUGUACAGGGGGAUCUUGCCCGAAUACUACAAAGUGGUUCCCGGUGUAGGCAUCGCCUUCAUGACUUACGAGACGUUGAAGAUUCUCUUAUCACCGACCCCUUGUUGAGUUCAAGUUGCUUGUAGAGGUAGAUGAAGGAAGAAUUGUGAGCUCUCGUAGUGAUCUUGGUGGUAAAUUUUACUGUUACUGCCGUGAAAAGAUUAAAAAGUUUUCAGUGUAUAGGUUUUUUUUAGUUGCGUUUAGGUGUUUUCAACAAUUUUCCAGGCAUCAUUUUACAUUGGGUUUCUCCAUGAGCAUUUUCCUGAUAUAACACAAUUUUGGUUUUGCUUUUAGGCUUUCCGAUUCAUGAA